AUGAAGAGAGUUGCCCACAUGAUGGAAUUCGUGCCAAAGAAUAACAGACUUCUCGGCCUCAACGUUAACCGAGGUUUAGCAGUGAAGAUACGCCUUCGUCGCAACAGGGAUCCAGGACACUUUCUGUCGUAUAUGGAUAUCCUUGGUACUAUUCUACAUGAGCUUGUCCACAACUCCUACGGUCCUCAUAACGCCACUUUUUAUAAAUGUCUUGACGAUAUCAAAGCGGAAUGUGAGUUACUAAUUUUGGGACAUCCCUUGUCGUUGGAGCUCUUCCGUGGGAGGACCCAGGGAUAUGAUUCGGGUGCUGCUUCGUCGAAUAGUGACAAGCUGGUUGAGUUCAGCGCGGGAGUUGGUCGUAAGCGAACGACUAGGGGAAAAACGGCUCGAGUGAAGCGAGGCCGGGGGAGAAGGCUGGGCGGCGAUAAGCAGGCCUAUGCUGAGCUCUCACAAAGAGAACUUGCGAGAAUGGCGGCGGAGCGACGCAUGCGAGACGCCGAAUUAUGUGACACUCACGAUGAUGGUCCUGACGAGAAGAAAAUAAUAGAACUUUCUGAUAGUAGCGAUGAUGACGAUUUGAGAUGCCCAUGGUGUAAAACGAGUCGUGACGCUUGA